AUCAUGGCUUCAGAAGAGGCUCUAAGACAAGCUGGAGAAUUUGGACGUUUUCAGUACCUCAUCGUGGCAUUUUUAGGCCUAGUUACAGCACCGUUCAUAGCUUUGGUCGUUUUUGGCCACAUAUUUACCUUAUUGGAACCCCCUCACUGGUGUCACGUUCCACAACUAGAUGCUUUGAAUCUGACAGUUGAACAGAAAAAAACUCUGUCCAUCCCUAAAACUGAGCUUGACGGAAUUAUCCAGUUCAGCAAAUGUCAAGCCUAUGAAGUCAAUUUCACUCAUAUCUUCCUCGAUCACAAUGGUUCUGUGCCUAAGCCUGCCCAAUGGUGGCCUGUUGCAGACUGUAAGCAUGGCUGGGACUAUGAUUACAGUCUAAUAUAUCCCACUGUUGUUUCUGAGAUGAAUUGGGUAUGUGAAGAGAGCUGGAAAAUGUUAAUGUGUCACACCGUUUUUUGGGCUACAAGUGCUGUUGGCGUUAUCGUAUGGGGAACCAUUAGUGAUAUGUAUGGAAGAAUUCCAGUCUUGGUUAUUACAAGUGGGAUUGCAGGGGGUGCUGGGAUUGCUACAAUGUUUUUCACAGAAUUCAUUCCUUUCCUCAUCAUACGUUCAGUAAUGGGAUUUGUCUUUCUUUCCUUAAGCAUUACAUCAUUUGUUCUAGUUAUUGAAUACGUUGUAACCUCGAAAAGACUGACCGCCUCGAGUGUCUUCCAGUUUAUGUAUCCUGUUGCAGCUAGCGUAAUUCCUUGGGUGGCAUACUACCUUAAAAGUUGGCGGAAACUAUCUUUGAUUGUAUCAGUUCCCGCUUUUACUAUUCCUGUUUUUUGUUGGUUUAUGCCAGAAUCUUUAAGGUGGUUGGUUAGUAAAGGGAAAGACGAAAAGGCUAAAGUCAUUAUUGCAAGAAUUGCUCAUAUUAAUGGAAAACAUCUGCCAGAAAAUUACAUAGAAACUUUGAAGCUAAUUGAUAUAUCUGAUGUUAACAAGAAAAAGAUUACUAUCAUGGAUCUUUUGAAAACUUCAAAUUUACGGAAGAAUUUUCUACUAACCCUUGUUGUCUGGAUCAUUUGCUCAACUUUGUACGUCGGUGGUCAGAUGUACGCUGCCACCGUGAUGGACAAUCCUUUCAUCAUGACGUCCAUUACUUGUUUCGUUGACGUUCUCGCGACAGGCAUAUCAGUACCCCUAGCGGACAAGUGGGGACGUCGACCCAGCAUGGUAGCAAUGUUUGGAAUGUCGUCCAUUGCAUAUUUUAUGAUUUCUUUCGUAUCGUCCGGAAAUACGCUUGUUAUUGCAAUUGUCGCAUUUAUUGGCCGACUUGCUCUCACCACGGGAUACAAUGCUGCUUAUCUUCAUGCUGCCGAAGUCUAUCCGACAGUUGCCCGAACUCAGGCAAUGGCCGCCAGACAAACAUUUGGAUCGAUUGGUGCUUUCCUAGCUCCGCAGAUAACUUAUUUGGCUAUUUAUGGGAAGUACUUGCCUCUAGUGGUAUAUUCGUCGCUGGCUUCUGCAAAUGUAUUUUUUACGUUCAUGUUACCAGAGACACUCAACAAAGACUUACCCGAAAGUCUCGUCGAUGGGGAAAACUUCGGUCGGAACCAGAAUUUGUGCUGUAGAAAACUUAAGAAGCGGAAUGUUCUGCCAUUAAAUUUCACUCAAGUUACCAUAAUUGAAGAUGAUACAAACAAAUGAUGGGUUCAUAAGGGUGCAAAAAUCUGUGAUGUUUGUUUUUUUACUAUAAACAGAAAAUUUUGUACUGAUUUCAUUUUAUAAAUUCCUUGAAUUAUGAAGAAAUUUGAGAACGUUCAAUAUGAAAGAUUUUUUUUAGAUUGAACUUAUUAGAUAUUGAAAAAUCUGAUCUUGUUCGGUGCAACGUUGUAGACAGUUGUUACGACUAUUUAAUCAAAUAUAUAGCGGUAUAUCACGAUUUUACAAAACUAUACUUUGCCACACUUAAGUUCUGUUGUUUCUUAUAAACACGACUCUUACCUCCCAGUGGUACAGCGGUAUGUCUGCGGACAUACAACGCUAGAAACCUGGUUUCGAUACCCGUGGUAGGCAGAGCACAGAUAGCCCAUUGUGUAGCUUUGUGCAUAACUACAAAUAAACACAACGCUUUUCAAACCUAAUUUAUCAAUCAGCAGAAACGUACGUAUCUUCCAUAAGAACUCGUUAUUAAACAUUUCCCGCAACAUCAUUUUUAUAUCGAAACGUAUUUACUUUUUGUAUGUUUAUAACAAUAUUUAAUUGAAACUAGUAUAUAUAUAUAUAUAUCCAAUAAUGUUAAACUAAAGGCAUUCGUUGAGUGUAUACAAACAUUUAGCUUUUCCAUCAGCUACACUUAUAUAUCUACUAUAUAAUAUAUAACACAUUCACGACUUGCACUUUAUAAAACAGCUGGAAGAACGCCGUUGUUGAAAGUAUGUGUAUUAUAUGCAUACAUACGAAACCCAAUACUGUGACUGUCGUGUGAUUAUACAUUUUAAUCAGAUAGUUUCCUUUCGUUUGUAUGUAGACUAGUUAUAUGGAAGUAAUGGCCAAAUCGGCUGGUUUUAAUAGUUUAUAAAGUUUAUCUGAAAAUAUGUGUGUUUUAUGACCAUACUUAAGGGAAAUGUUUCUAUUUCUCAGUGAUAGUUAAUCUAUGAUUAUUUGGUGUAUUUAAUUUUUAGCCCUUUAUAGCUGUUUAAUGUUCUUUACAACAAACAAUCUUGUAUAUGUGCUCUUAAAAAUACAGUACCUACCAAUAAUGUCAAAUUUUGAUGAAAUAAAAAUAAUAUAAAGAUUUAUUAAUGAACUUGU